AUGGCCAAAAACACAUCCCUAUAUUUCCGUAUUGUAGAGGGCAGGAGCCUUCCAGUCAAAGACGUCUCUGGGACCAGUGACCCAUACUGCAUUGUAAAAGUUGACAAUGAAGUUGUGGCCAGGACAGCCACGGUGUGGAAGAACCUCAACCCUUUCUGGGGAGAAGAAUACACACUGCACCUCCCAACGGGGUUCCACUCGCUCUCCUUCUAUGUCAUGGAUGAGGACACCAUUGGCCAUGAUGACAUCAUUGGAAAGAUAUCGCUGAGCAAAGACGCCAUCGGGGCCAAGGUUAAAGGGCUGGAUAACUGGCUGAAUCUGACCCGGGUGGACCCGGAUGAGGAGGUGCAGGGGGAGAUCCAUUUUGGUCUGGAGCUUCUCAAAGAUGCCAAAGGUAUAGGACUACGAUGCCAUUUCAUAGAGGCCAGAGACUUGGCACCAAGAGACAUUUCUGGAACCUCUGAUCCCUUUGCCAGAAUCCUCUUCAAUAACCACAGUGCAGAGACUUCGAUCAUUAAAAAGACACGUUACCCACACUGGGGUGAGACCCUGGAGUUGGAGCUUGAGACAGAGGAGCUGUCUGAGGGAGGGACUGUCACAGUGGAGGUCUGGGACUGGGACAUGGUGGGCAAAAAUGACUUCCUGGGAAAGGUGGAAAUCCCUUUUGCUUGCCUGCACAAGACACCUCUGGUACAGGGUUGGUUUCGUCUGCUGCCCCUGGGAAACAAUGAGGAUGAUGCUGGAGGUAAGCUGGGUGCGCUGCGACUGAAGGUGCGUCUGGUGGAGGACCAUAUUCUUCCCUCCAUGUACUACCAGCCUCUCAUUGACCUGCUGGUGCAGUCAGUCAUCUCUCCUGCUGAGGUGGAGGACGGCAGCCCCCUGACCAUGCUGGAGGAGGUGACCACAGUGGAGAGCCGGCAGGACGUGGCCAUGACCCUGGUCAAGAUCUACCUGGGGCAGGGCCUGGUGGUGCCCUUUCUGGACUACCUCAACACCCGCGAGGUCAACCACACCUUGGAUCCAAACACCCUGUUUCGGUCCAACUCUCUAGCUUCUAAGGCCAUGGAACAGUUCAUGAAGGCCGUGGGGAUGCUGUACCUUCAUGAGGUCCUGAAGCCCAUCAUUAACCGCAUCUUUGAGGAGAAGAAGUACAUUGAGCUGGACCCGUGUAAAAUUGACCUGAACAGAACCAGGCGUAUCUCAUUUAAAGGUGCGUUGUCUGAGGCUGAGGUGAGGGAGAGCAGUGUGGAGAUGCUGCAGGGCUAUCUGUCUAACAUCGUGGAGUCCAUCAUUGGGUCAGUUACCCAGUGUCCACCUGUCAUGAGGGUGGCCUUCAAACAGCUGCACAAGAGGGUGGAGGAGCAGUUCCCUAAGCCAGAGAAUGAGGAUGUGAAGUAUCUGGCCAUCAGUGGGUUUUUCUUCCUCCGUUUCCUUGCCCCUGCUAUCCUCACACCCAAGCUCUUUCACCUGAGGGACCAGCAUGCAGAUACACGCACCAGCAGGACACUGUUACUACUAGCCAAGGCAGUGCAGAGUGUGGGGAACCUGGGUUUGCAGCUGGGCCACGGUAAGGAGCUGUGGAUGGAGCCCUUGCAUCCCAUCAUCCUUUAUAGCGUGGCCUCUGUUAAAGACUUCCUGGACAAGCUCAUCGACAUUGAUAGCGUGUCUGAGGUGCCCCAGAGGGCUGUGUUCUUGCCCUCAGUGACAGUGAAGGAGGGCUAUCUCCAGAAGCACAAGGCCGAAAGCCCCCAGCUCCUGUCCCGCUUUUCCUUCAAGAAGCGAUACUUCUGGCUGAGCAGUGAGACGCUGUCCUACGCCAAGACCCCAGAUCCCUGGCAGGUGCGCUCCUCCAUCCCCAUCCAGUGUGUGUGUGCUGUGGAGAGAGUGGAUGAGAAUGCCUUCCAACAGCAGCAUGUGUUGCAGGUCGUCACCCAGGACAACGAUGGACAGAUGCACACCAUCUAUACCCAGUGCAAGAAUGUGAAUGAGUUGAACCAGUGGCUGUCAGCCAUCAGGAAGGCCAGUAUCUACAACAGGCGCAUGCUGCCCUCCUUCCACCCAGGGGCGUACCGGAGUGGCAAGUGGACCUGCUGCCUACAGGCUGACCGCGCUACUUCAGGUUGCAGUCGCACUCACUCUGCAGUGACUCUGGGCGACUGGAGUGACCCAUUAGAUCCAGACGCAGAGACUCAGACCAUCUACAAACAGCUUCUUCAGGGAAGAGACAAGCUCAGCAUUCAAGUUGCUUCAAAUCUCUCUCUCUCCCCCCCAGAUGGAGCAGAUUGUAGCGUGGAGCUCCUGAAGCACAGGCAGGCUGCAGCGGUUCGGCUACUUGGAGUGGUUCUGGAUCUGGAGCAGGCCCAUGCCACCUUCCAGCGGCAGGAAAGAGAGGAGGCCGGUAGCCUCAUCCUGACCCCCUAG